CCUCAAUUUUCUCUCUCCUGCUGUCCGAUCGCACCAUGGAACCCGAAGACAAAGUUAAUGCCACCAAGAAUUAAUAUAUGGAUAUCAGACACAACAGUCAAUUUCGGGUCCCCAUUUUUACACUCAGGAUAAAUUAAAUGGAAGGGCUGCUACUUCACUCCAUCUUCUCCAUCCAUUUUAGGGUCUGCCUUCCACUCAUGAAAUUCAACAUCUUCUGAUCAGAUCAGGGCUUCUGCAUUUCAUAAGCAACAUCCAUGGCUACCUCAAGCUCGCUACUGGCAACAGCCGAGCUCUGCGACUCAAACUCAUUGCUCAUAUCGAGUGGUGAGCUUCGUGCUCUCCACCCAGUCCUCCAAAUCUAUGGCAGGCGCCAGGCCUUUUCAGGUCCCAUAGUGACCAUCAAGGUUUUUGAGGAUAAUGUGUUGGUUCGUGAUUUCUUGGAGGAGAAGGGUAAUGGCCGUGUCCUUGUUGUUGAUGGAGGUGGAAGCAUGCGAUGUGCUAUUUUGGGUGGCAAUCCUGUUCAACAGGCCCAAAACAAUGGGUGGGCGGGUAUAGUAGUAAAUGGUUGCAUAAGGGACGUAGAUGAAAUUAAUGGGUGUGAUAUUGGGGUAAGGGCCCUUGGUUCUCAUCCUGUGAAAGCCAACAAGAAGGGAAUUGGAGAGAGGCAUGUGCCCAUCACCAUUGCAGGUACAAGGAUUUGCGAUGGAGAGUGGUUGUAUGCGGAUACCGAUGGGAUUUUGAUCUCACGAAUGGAGUUAACUGUUUGACGAAUGUUGCUUUAGCCGGUGGAGGGAGGUGUUUAUGGUGUGUGUCGUACUAUUGUUGUAAUGGAUGUUUUGCUUGCUAUUGUUGGUUAACCCGCAUUAAAGAAGUAGGUAUUUUUACUGUCUUUUACGUGAGAAAGGAAUAGGUGUGCUUCACAACGAGGACAAAAGAAAAAAAGAAUAAAAACAGUGUUGCUUCGGCUUUGUAGUAUUUUUCAUUUGGAAAAUUGUGGUUUGUGUUUCUUAUACCAAAGGUUUAGAAGCCUUGGUAUUUAUAUUGAAGUCAAUGAUGUAAGGGAUGUCUCACUAUUGUAUGAUGUGGGACAGGAGUUGAGGGGGAUGUCCUCUCAUAAAGUACUAUGGUGCCUUUUGCCUCAAUUUAUUAUAGCUUCAAGAUCAAUGGGGUUCCUUUUCUCUUUUUGUUGCGUCAAAACAAUAACAUUUGGGCUUUUCCUAGUGCCCCUUUUAUUUUAUCUGACUGAGUGUUUGUGGAUC